GAAAGACCUGCGUCCAAGCUAACAGCUGGAGUCUUUCGCGGACCGUUUGCCUUCUGUCUCUGGGAUUAAAGGGGAAGCCGAAAGGUGGGAAGGGCGCGGCUCUCUUCUGCAGCUUGCGUGGCUGCUGCAGCGGUCGCAGGCAGUAGUGUUCGUGAUAGUCUCAAACAGUGUGGUAAGACUGGAAAACAUGUCAUGAAGUUUCCAGUGUCAGCCGCAGCAGCAAAAAGGAGUUUCUGUGGCUUCAUUACGGGGUGCUAAGUAGAAAGAUUACUGCAUCAACUCACUGAAGCAAUAACCUCACUCUUUGUCUUUUAAACUUCAUCAACAAUGAAGCAAUGAUAUCUGAGAACAGAAGAGCAUUUGCCAACUAACUGUCAUCACAAUUCCAAGUGAUUGUAUAAGCAGAAACAAGCUGCGACAGAGCUCUGUCUGCUAGUAUAGAGAGAAUGGUUUAUUUAGAAGCGGUUUUAGUAUAGUGCUUUAUAUCUGUAUCAAAUGAAAUAAAAAUGAGUGAGGCCCCCAGAUUCUUUGUUGGGCCUGAAGAUACAGAAAUAAACUCAGGAAAUUACCGACAUUUCUUCCACCAUGCAGAUGAAGAUGAGGAGGAAGAAGAUGAGUCUCCACCAGAAAGACAGAUUGUGGUUGGAAUAUGUUCCAUGGCAAAGAAAUCCAAAUCCAAACCAAUGAAGGAAAUUCUUGAACGGAUCUCCUUAUUUAAAUAUAUCACAGUAGUAGUAUUUGAAGAAGAUGUUAUUUUGAAUGAACCAGUAGAAAACUGGCCUUUAUGUGAUUGUCUUAUUUCGUUCCAUUCUAAAGGAUUUCCACUGGACAAAGCAGUUGCCUAUGCAAAACUCAGGAAUCCAUUUGUAAUCAAUGACUUGAAUAUGCAGUAUCUCAUACAAGAUAGGAGAGAAGUAUAUAGUAUUCUUCAAGCCGAAGGUAUUUUACUUCCUCGUUAUGCAAUUUUGAACCGUGACCCAAAUAAUCCCAAAGAAUGCAAUCUGAUUGAAGGGGAAGAUCAUGUAGAAGUAAAUGGUGAAGUUUUUCAAAAGCCAUUUGUGGAAAAGCCAGUCAGUGCAGAGGAUCACAAUGUUUACAUUUACUAUCCCACAUCUGCAGGUGGUGGAAGUCAAAGACUUUUUCGAAAGAUUGGCAGUAGAAGUAGUGUUUAUUCCCCAGAAAGCAAUGUACGAAAAACAGGCUCAUAUAUAUAUGAAGAGUUUAUGCCCACAGAUGGUACUGAUGUAAAGGUUUAUACAGUGGGUCCAGAUUAUGCGCAUGCUGAAGCUCGAAAAUCUCCAGCUCUUGAUGGCAAGGUGGAACGAGACAGUGAGGGAAAAGAAGUUAGAUACCCUGUUAUUCUUAAUGCACGAGAGAAAUUAAUUGCCUGGAAAGUCUGCCUUGCUUUUAAGCAAACAGUCUGUGGUUUUGAUUUGUUACGGGCCAAUGGACAGUCCUAUGUCUGUGAUGUCAAUGGCUUCAGUUUUGUGAAAAAUUCCAUGAAGUAUUAUGAUGAUUGUGCAAAAAUACUUGGCAAUAUUGUAAUGAGAGAGCUUGCUCCGCAAUUUCAUAUCCCCUGGUCAAUACCCUUAGAAGCUGAAGAUAUCCCAAUUGUACCAACUACAUCUGGAACUAUGAUGGAACUUAGAUGUGUCAUAGCUGUGAUACGUCAUGGGGAUCGAACACCAAAACAAAAAAUGAAAAUGGAAGUGAGGCAUCAAAAAUUUUUUGAUCUUUUUGAAAAGUGUGAUGGAUACAAAUCGGGGAAAUUAAAACUCAAAAAGCCAAAACAAUUACAGGCAAUGCUGGACAUUGCCCGACAACUUCUUAUGGAGCUGGGGCAAAAUAAUGAUUCUGAAAUUGAAGAAAACAAGUCAAAACUUGAACAACUUAAGACUGUAUUAGAAAUGUAUGGCCAUUUUUCUGGAAUAAAUCGUAAAGUCCAAUUAACUUAUCUCCCUCAUGGUUGUCCUAAAACAUCUAGUGAAGAAGAAGACAGCCGAAGAGAAGAACCAUCCUUACUUUUGGUUCUAAAAUGGGGAGGAGAACUAACUCCUGCAGGCAGGGUCCAGGCUGAAGAACUUGGAAGAGCUUUCAGGUGUAUGUAUCCUGGAGGUCAAGGAGAUUAUGCAGGAUUUCCUGGUUGUGGUUUACUUAGAUUACAUAGUACCUACCGACAUGACCUCAAAAUAUAUGCUUCUGAUGAGGGACGAGUACAGAUGACUGCAGCUGCUUUUGCAAAGGGGCUCUUAGCUCUAGAAGGAGAGCUUACACCCAUUCUUGUUCAGAUGGUAAAAAGUGCAAAUAUGAAUGGUCUUUUGGAUAGUGACAGUGACUCUUUGAGCAGUUGUCAGCAACGUGUGAAGGCAAGACUUCAUGAAAUACUUCAGAAAGAUAGAGAUUUUACAGCUGAAGACUAUGAAAAGCUUACUCCAUCUGGAAGCAUUUCUUUAAUUAAAUCAAUGCAUUUAAUUAAAAAUCCUGUGAAAACCUGUGACAAAGUUUAUUCUUUGAUACAAAGUUUGACUUCUCAAAUCAGACAUCGAAUGGAAGAUCCCAAAUCAUCAGAUAUUCAGCUUUACCACAGUGAAACAUUAGAGCUUAUGCUACGUAGAUGGUCCAAGUUGGAGAAAGACUUUAAAACAAAGAAUGGAAGAUAUGACAUUAGUAAAAUCCCUGACAUAUAUGACUGUAUAAAAUAUGAUGUCCAGCAUAAUGGUUCCUUGAAAUUAGAAAAUACAAUGGAAUUAUACAGGCUUUCGAAAGCAUUAGCAGAUAUUGUUAUCCCUCAGGAAUAUGGUAUAACUAAAGCUGAAAAACUGGAGAUUGCCAAAGGCUACUGUACUCCUCUAGUUAGAAAAAUUCGCUCAGACCUCCAGAGGACACAAGAUGAUGACACUGUAAAUAAACUCCACCCCGUGUAUUCCAGAGGUGUUCUGUCUCCUGAACGUCAUGUCCGUACCAGGUUAUAUUUUACCAGUGAAAGUCAUGUACAUUCUUUGCUCUCUAUUCUUCGCUAUGGUGCCUUAUGCAAUGAAUCAAAGGAUGAACAGUGGAAACGAGCUAUGGAUUACUUAAAUGUUGUCAAUGAACUCAAUUAUAUGACUCAGAUUGUGAUCAUGCUUUAUGAAGAUCCUAACAAGGAUCUUUCCUCAGAGGAACGCUUUCAUGUUGAAUUACAUUUUAGUCCAGGAGCUAAAGGAUGUGAAGAAGACAAAAAUUUACCAUCUGGCUAUGGAUAUAGACCAGCUUCAAGAGAGAAUGAAGGCAGGAGAUCUUUUAAAAUUGAUAAUGAUGAUGAACCACAUACUUCUAAAAAAGAUGAGAUUGAUCGUGCUGUGAUACUGUUCAAACCUAUGGUAUCAGAGCCAAUUCAUAUACACAGGAAGUCUCCACUUCCAAGAUCUAGGAAGAUUCCUACAAAUGAAGUAAAUUAUUCAAGUAAAACCUUGAAGACUUUUUCCAGCGUCCACCAUCUCCAUGGAUAUCAGAAGUUUGUACUUCCAAAAGACACACAGAGAAAAAGACUAUUCUCUUCAUUUUGUGCAAAGAGCCCCCUGAGUGUGUCUAGCCCAGAGGGUACUGGUACCUGGCUGCAUUAUACCAGUGGUGUGGGUACUGGGCGUCGAAGACGCAGAUCAGGGGAACAAAUCACUUCUUCCCCUGUCUCCCCCAAAUCAUUGGCUUUCACAUCCAGUAUUUUUGGCUCAUGGCAACAGGUUGUAUCUGAAAAUGCUAAUUACCUGCGAACACCAAGAACUCUUGUGGAACAGAAGCAGAACCCUACUGUAGGGUCUCACUGUGCGGGCCUGUUUAGCACCUCGGUGCUCGGGGGUUCUUCAAGCGCACCUAACCUACAGGAUUAUGCUCGUACUCAUCGUAAAAAGCUGACUUCUUCUGGCUGCAUAGAUGACGCCACACGCGGUUCUGCUGUUAAAAGGUUUUCUAUCUCAUUUGCUCGACACCCAACCAAUGGCUUUGAAUUGUAUUCCAUGGUACCAUCUAUUUGUCCUCUAGAGACUCUUCACAAUGCCCUGUCUUUAAAGCAGGUGGAUGAAUUUCUUGCUUCCAUUGCUUCUCCAUCAAGUGAAGUUCCAAGGAAGACCCCUGAAAUUUCCUCUACAGCUUCACGUUCCAGUCCAGUAAUGAGAAGAAAAAUAACUUUAAAUACUUAUACGCCUGCAAAGAUCCUCCCAACACCACCAGCUACCUUAAAGGGUACGAAAGCAAGCAGCAAGCCAGCUACCAGCGGACCUUCUAAUGCAGUUGUUCCUAAUACCUCAUCUCGAAAAAAGAAUAUAACUAACAAAACAGAAAUGCAUGAACACAAAAAGAUCACUGGGAAAAAGAAAUGAAAUCUUAGCAGAAGCUGGAACUCCUUAAAUAUAUAAAAGUCAUAUGUUCAGUAGAAAAGGACACAUAAUAAACGUUGACUGAAAACUGUCAAAGCAAGUAGCUUAUGUUUCUCUUAUACAUCUCUGAAUUCAUUUUAGAAUAUGUUAAAUCUAGAGAAUUCUUUGUAUAUAUUCAGGUAAGGAACUUUUCUCAUGAUCUUGAAAUGUUUAAGACAAUGUUUAUUAACAUUUUAUGAUACCAAAAGCUAUAGCGAUGUAGGUCUGUUAUUCUUAAUGUUAUGUUUACGGUGUACCUUUGAUAAAGACAAGGACAGAAAAGCCUAGAUAGCUUGUACCAGUGUCCCACCAAUAAUGCUGUUUACUGAAGAAUCUGUGAGGUGACCUCUAUAUCCACUUUCAUUUUCAUGGAAUUUUAUCUUAGCUGUGAAAACCUGUGGCUUGGGUUAGAAUUUGACAGUCAGGAUUACUGAUGCAGAUUUUUUUGAGUGUAUUUCCAAAGAGAUUUCAUUGACCAUUUAGAUUAGAAACCUUUUCCCCCAAUUGUUAGAAUUACAUAUAUGCUGCAAUAUUUAAUAACUGGAGUAUUAACAUAUGGGUUAUUUUUUCAAUCUGUGCUUUGAGUUUUUUUUAUUGUAUGUUAUUUAAAAUAUUACAUAUACAGCUGGAAUAACUACACCUUUAUGCACAUAAAUUUCUUAUAUUAAUUUGUAGAAAAUAUUUUCUUUAUAUAUUUCCUUACCAUAAGGUGCUUUUGCUCAUCAGGAAAAUUUUGCUUCAUAUGUUGGGAAGAAAGACAUCUUUAGGGUUUUUUUUUAAAGAGAUAUAGUUGACAAGUUUAUAAAUGUUACACUUAUUUUCAGAGUUCUUUUUAGAUCUAAGGAAAUCAGUUCAAAAAUGGGUAUCAUUAAUGUGCGAAAAAUGUCUGAAUUCUGUAGUUGGUAGAUAUUAUCUAUAGCACCUCUUUUUAGCAUUUCUACUCUUAUCUCUAGUGUAUCAGUUGGUCUCACUAAGAAAGCUUAAAGAUAGAACAUUUGAAAUAAAUGCUCUUUUCAAAUGAUUAGAUUUUGAAAGGAAAUUGAGAUCAUUGUUUUGUGAUUUCAUCUAUGAUGUGAAAAAAUAUUUAUUAUCCUUGGUGCUUUCUCCCCCCUAAUGCACAAAUAAUUAUAAACCACUUGAAAUGACUUAAACUGUAAACCAAACAGUACAACCUGAUAAGAAUUCCUUGCAUUGCCAGUCAGGUCACUUAAAUUGCUAAAGCUUUAGUUUGAAGCUUAUGUUCAGGAAAUUACUGAAUUCUCAUAUGAACACAUCUAUUAAAAUUUUUCAGGAGACUCUCCUAACUCUAGAUCAUCAUCUAAGAAUUGACUUUUAGAAAAUAAGCAUAUUAUGUGUUAGUUUUAAAAGUACCAGAUACAGGAGUCACAAAUAUAUAUAAUUAAACAAGUUUAUAUACUUCACUUGAAUGUAAUUGUAUUAUGUGGAGACAUGUCUUGUAAACAGUUGAAUGUACCUAAGCUUUCUGUAUGUGAAAAUGUUAAUGUGCUCAGUGUGGGAGUAAGAAACUCCUUUUAUUUUUUAAGUGGAACUGAAUUAAAAUAUUUUAUUUCCAGUA